CUCCUCUCUUAUCGCCAGCCAUUUCCGCCUUCUUCCUCUUCCGGUUCAUACACGCCAACUUCACUACUCCGUACUCCCAAAAUUUCCCUUCCUUUCCCAGUUCUACUCCGCGUUUGCGUAACCUCAAAGUAGUAUUCUAACCAUUUCCAGCACUCCGGUCAUUGUUUUUCCAUAACCUUAAACCCUUUUUGAGCUCUCUCUUCUCUUUCCUACCUCACUUUUUUCCCCACCCAACAAACAGUCCUUCCAUGCUUUCCCUCCGUUCCCACUACAACAAUUUCUCUCCUGCUUCCUUCCCCCUCAUAAAUUCCCCACCUUCCCUUCCUUCCCUCAUCUGGGUCUCACUCAAUUUCGAGCAAAGCGAGGAGCUUCUUAGGUUUCCAUAGCUAGCUCCCCUGUUUUGGCAAAGAUGACGUGCUUCCCAAAAUUCUUCAAGCACACAUCGAAGAACAAGAAGGAAGGGUCCAGCUCGGCUCCGGAGCUGGGGAAGUCAUCGGCGAGCAAUUCGGCGGCGGCGGCGGCGGUGCGUUCGUCGAGAUCUCUGCCGUCGCCGAGAGGGAUAAAGGAGCUGUACAAGGAGAAGGAGCAGAACCUGCGGGUUUUCUCGAUCGAGGAGCUGAAGCAGGCGACGAAUGGGUUCAAUCGGCUGUUGAAGAUUGGGGAAGGUGGGUUUGGGAGCGUUUACAAAGGGACUGUAGCUGUGACUAGUAGUAGUUCUAAUGGUGGUGGGGUUGGGAGUGAUCGCUUGCCUGUGGCCAUUAAGAGGCUUAACAAACAUGGCUUGCAGGGUCACAAACAAUGGCUUGCAGAGGUCCAGUUUCUAGGAAUCGUGAACCAUCCUAACCUAGUGAAGCUCUUGGGCUACUGCUCGGUGGACGACGAAAGGGGGAUUCAAAGAUUGUUGGUCUACGAGUACAUGACGAACAAGAGCUUAGAGGAUCAUCUGUUCAGCAGGGGCUUGCCUGUGUUGCCAUGGAGGACAAGGCUGGAGAUCAUGCUUGGUGCUGCAGAAGGGCUGGCUUACUUACAUAGCGGAUUGGAAGUGCCGGUGAUAUAUAGAGAUUUCAAGUGCUCGAAUGUGCUGUUGGACGAAGGGUUUAGGCCGAAGUUGUCGGAUUUUGGGCUGGCAAGAGAAGGACCAACUGGUGAUCGGACUCAUGUGUCAACUGGGGUGGUUGGCACACAUGGCUAUGCAGCGCCCGAGUACAUCGAGACAGGGCACCUGACUAUCCACAGCGACCUGUGGAGCUUCGGCGUAGUGUUGUACGAAAUCCUCACGGGCAGACGAUCCCUCGAGAGGAACAGGCCGACCGGGGAGCAAAAGCUUCUGGACUGGGUGAAGCAGUACCCAGCCGACGGCAAAAGGUUCAGCAUGAUCAUUGACCCGCGGCUCAGAAAUGUCUACUCCAUGGCUUCUGCAAGGCGAAUCGGGAAGCUGGCUGAUCGAUGCCUGAACAAGAACGCCAAAGAUCGGCCGUCGAUGGGUGAGGUUGUGGAAGUGCUGAAGCUUGCGAUACAAGAUUCUGCUGAGCCUGUUGGCAAUGGCCCUGCUGCUAAUGGUAGAGUGUGACUGAAACUUGUGCUUUUGUGCAGUGUUGAGUUAUUAGUAAGGUGAUUCUUCCUAUGAGUAACAGGCGAAGGGUUAAACUUAAAAUAUGUUUCUUUUUGGUUUUCUGUGGGGUAACCUUUUCCCGGGAUGUGUAAAGAUAUGAUAGGCCAUUGAGAAAAAGGAGGAAUGUGAAAGUCCUUAUAUUCUUUUCGUACAUUAUUAAUCAAUAAAGUAAGGUUUUCUUUUGGGGGAUCAUGGG